ACAGCAAACAACAAUAUCAUUAUGCUAUGUUUUCCCUCAACCAUGCUGAGGACAGUGGACAAAUGUCUUUUAUAACCAUAAGGGGUGGCAAAAUGAUAUACUAUAUAACAAUAAAUGUAAGAAAAAGGGAGUCUGCAAUGUUUAUUGUAAUAACCUUUUGACGUUGACACUUGACACAUGCAGGUUUUAUAGUGUCCGUCCAGCACUACUCAAAAACAGAAAAAGGGAUUGUUAAUUGACACAGUGGCUGUAGGAGUCAUUCAUAGAAAAUGGCUGUACAUGUGAGUCUUCAGGUGGGCAUGCAAUGUGUCUGGGUGGAUUGGGGUUUGGCCAUGACUGUCUGCAUAUAAGCUCAGGAAGAGGUAAGGCUCAGGCCUGCAUCUGCUGGGUCUGUCUAUGGCUCUGGCAUGAGUCAACAAAACACCAACACUUCUGGGUGAGGGAUUAUCCAAACAUUAGAACUGAAACCAAUACCUUGUGCAACAUAGGGCAACACACAACACAGGGAUGCAUGAUAAGUAUGCAUGAUUUACAUAGCCUAUACAAGGCUGAUGGGUUAAACCACUGUAUGACAUGAAUUUUGGAAAUUAUUUGAAUUGAGUUGUAUGUGCCAACCAAUAAUUAAUGACGUUUUAAAUGGGACACAUAAUCCUUUUGAAUAUUAAUUUAACUUGUAUUAUAAUUUGUCAUUAAACGUGUCUCUGCUGAACUCUAACUGUAUACUGAGUUGUUAGUAUAGGCUAUUAUUGCACCAGUCCAGUCCAUACAGUUGAGGCUUUUCCUUUGCAAAAACGUGACUCACAUUCUGCGACUGUCGCUGGCGCAGGAAGAGCAGUGGCUGAGACUUAGUGCCACCUCACGCCCGGGGAGCUUCCCAGUCAGCAUGUGUUUGUAAACACAGAUCUGACUUCAGAUUGUUGUGUCACGAGACUGCGGAUUUGGUUCGGGCAGUAACCGUGUCAGGAGACCAUGCAUGUGAGGCAGCGGUCAGGUGUUGUGCUGUUAGCUGACGCUGGGCACGGUGCCAGGGAAUCGAGGCUAUUAUUGGAGCGGAGGAAGCAGCAGACCCCGCAGACACGAGUCAUCCUCUAUGCAGGGUCCUCUGGCAGCUCCAGUCCCAGCCCCGGCAGCCCUGGCAGCCCCUCCAGUGGGUACCAGACACAGUCACCUUCUUCACACUCCCAGCCCUCAUCACCAGAGGAGGGUGCCUUCACAGAGAUUGGGGCGUUGAAAUGUAGGGCAGCUGGGUGCACCACAUCAUCCUCCAAACUGAUAUUUCAGUUCCCAGAGGUCUACAGUGCACCCCCAGUGGCAGCCACUCCACAGCAUACCUAUGCACACCCCAUUGCAGGAAAGAGGCCAUGCGGGUUCACAGGAACUUUCACAAAGACCGGUGGAAUGGUCCUGCUUUGCAAAGUCUGUGGGGACAUUGCAUCUGGUUUCCACUAUGGAGUGCAUGCAUGUGAGGGUUGCAAGGGUUUUUUCCGUCGCAGCAUCCAGCAGAACAUCAACUACAAGAUGUGUGUGAAGAAUGAGAACUGUCUAAUCAUGCGCAUGAACCGCAACCGGUGCCAGCACUGCCGCUUCAAGAAAUGCCUCUCUGUUGGCAUGUCAAGAGAUGCUGUGCGUUUUGGCCGCAUCCCCAAGAGAGAAAAGCAGCGACUUCUGGAUGAGAUGCAGAGCUACAUGAACAGCCUAAAUGAGUCAGCUGCCGUGGACGUGGACUCACCCUCAGCGAGGAACACUCCCAGCACCCCAGAAGAUGGCAACUCAAAAGAGGCCAUUGGCGCCAUCUCCAGAGCCUACCGUGACAUCUUCACUAGCAGCAACAGCCAAGGGAGAGCAGCCGAGAGGGCUAACAUCACCACCAACAAUAACACGUCUACCUUUUCUCAGGAUGCCAGUUUUACCCAAGUCUCCUCUCUCCCCACCUCCGCCCAAAGUUAUCAGUCUUGCCCUGUUGCGGCUGCCACUCUAUGCCCAGCUACCCCUAACGACAAACAACCUACGUUUCACAAUGUGGACAACAAUCGUUACACCUACUUAGUGUCAACAAAUCAGAAUCAUGAUCAGUCUAACAGUACAACCUCUCAAAGGGGCAGCUCUGCCAAUAAUAACAGUUUUCACAAUGCAGGAAGUACCCAAAAUCAGCCCUCCUGCCCAUGGAAAUUAGCUUCAGGAGCUAAAGUGCUGGCCUGUCCUCUCAAUGCGUGGCCUGUGUCAGGGGCAGAGCGCACGAGUCAGGAGAUAUGGGAAUCCUUCUCACAGUGUUUCACUCCUGCUGUCAAGGAAGUGGUAGAGUUUGCCAAGGGCAUCCCAGGAUUUCAAGAGCUUAGCCAACAAGACCAGGUCAUGUUGCUCAAAUCAGGCACCUUCCAGGUUCUGAUGGUGAGGUUCUGCACCUUGUUCAAUGCUGAGGAGCGUACAGUGACCUUCCUGAAUGGCCAAACUUACCCCCUGUCCACCCUGCAAGCUUUGGGCAUGGGCUCUCUGCUGGACGCGAUGUUUGAGUUCAGUGAGAAGUUGAGCUCCCUGGGGCUAGAGCCUGAUGAAAUGGCACUCUUUAUGGCUGUGGUUCUAGUCUCUGCAGAUGGUUCUGGCAUCUCUAACAUGCGGGCUGUGGAGCAGCUACAAGAGGGUCUGAUCCGUGCCCUACGGUCACUGAUUACUCGCCGUCGCCCAGAUGACAGCACCCUCUUCCCCAAACUCCUCCUGCGCCUGCCAGACCUGUGCACCCUCAACAACAUGCACUCCGACAAACUGUUGGCCUUUCGCAUUGACCCUUGAGCAGGCCGCUUGUUCACAGGGACACAAACUGUUUUACAGAAUACGGGGUCCACCACACACACGUGCACUGAUUUUAUCUACUAAGGACAGGACUUCCUUGAAAAUUGAGAAACAAGGAAUUGUGCAAUCUAAGGGGUGGUUUUCAAAAGGAUAAAUGAGGGCAGUAGCGGACAUAUAUUUGACUCACUAUUGAUCUUAAUGCUAUGUUUUGGGACAAAUAACACACAAACUCAUGUAUACACAUAAACCUCAACAACUCUUGAGACAUUAUUCCAGUAUUAUCAUAUAGAUUUAGUAUUACCAUUCUGGACAAAUCAUGUGUGCACUUUCUCAUUAUAUCAAGUGUACUUAAGAAUAAAAGCCAGUUCACUUCUGUGUAUUCCUUAAGACGUACAAUAUCGACAGGCCAUCACUAAGCAGCUGCUGAAAGACAUUGUUACUUAGGGACCAUUAUUGGUGAUUGACUAUGUCAGUAUGUGUUCAAGAGAAAGGGAACCUGUAUAAUAAUACAUAGCGAAAUCUGAAAUAUUAAGGCAAUUGUGUAUCACUGUUUCACAAACAUACCAUCUGCAUUAGUACUAGAAAGAGACCAGUAUUUUAAUGUGUCACUUGUACACAAGGGGAUGCAUUCUGUCUCAUACGAUUUUUGACUAAUCUUCCAGAAAACAUUUGGCACACCUUGGGUUUAAAUAUGCCAACUUCAUAAGUCAAUGGCAUUUUGUAUUAUUUCACAAAAAUAGUGUGUCUGCGUCACUAUAUUGUAUAACAACGACUGAUGGAGGAGCCCCAUGCAUGUUGGGUUUAUUAAUUACUCUAUUUUUUUUGUUGCUGUAAAUAUUAUGUUACCCUAUGUCUGUGUAUCAAUGACUGAAUUGAUGUGAUGGAUUGGACAGAUGAGUUCGGUAUAAAGAAGAAUGUACUGACCUUGGUGGGGGUUUGACCAUGCCAAGGGGGCUUUGCACAGGAGAAUAUUUAGUAGGGAUUCUCUGAUGGCUUCAACACACUUCCUGUUAUCAGAUGAUGUAACCAACCAGCAUAAUCCCUGAAAUCACCAGCACUCACUCCACAUGCACCCAGCUUUCUCUGCCCCCAAUGUUUGUCAUACAAACACAAGAGAUAUUUUUGGGUGAGAGAUAUUAUUUGAUGGGUCUUCUCACUGUUUGCUUGUUUGAUUAAUGCUGACUGAGCAUCUUGUACAUUUUGUAAAUAUUUCUUCCUAAAUAGAAAUUAUAUAAUGAUAUAAAGUUUGAAUUAUGUAUUAU